AAUGGCAAUGUUGUCUGGUAAUGCUGCUGGCUUUCUGCUCAGCCCUGCAAACUGGGUGCUUCGGAGGGGGCUGUGGGGACUGAUGCUGAUCUUGUCUGUAGCCAUAUACGGCUCUCACGCUCCCCUCCUAAACCUGUGUAAGGUGGAUGGGAAGAUCCCCUUCAGCUCUUCAUCUGUUGUGGUUCUUAUCGAGCUGACGAAGCUGGUGUUCUCCCUCCUGUUCCUGGUGAUCUGGGACCGAAAGCUGCUGGGAGUUGCUGUGUCAUGGUAUCAUGUUGCCCCCUUUGCUCUCUCUGCCCUGCUCUAUGCUGCAAACAACAACCUGGUGGUUCACAUGCAGCUCUUUAUGGAUCCCAGCACUUACCAGGUCCUGAGUAACUUAAAAAUCGUCAGCACAGCGCUUCUCUACAGCUUCUUCCUGCACCAAAGGCUCUGCAUGCGCAAGUGGCUGGCUCUCUUCCUGCUGACGGCUGCUGGGGUGAGCUACAGCUGUGGAGGCCUGCAGGACCCCCAUGACCCUGGCAGCCCCUCCAGGAUGCAGCUGCACAUCACACUGGUGGGCUUGCUGCUGAUCUCAGUGUACUGCCUCAUAUCAGGCUUGUCUGCUGUCUACACAGAAGCUAUCCUGAAAGCCCAGGCUCUACCUCUCAGCCUCCAGAACCUCUUCCUUUACUUCUUUGGGGUCCUGCUCAAUGUGACUGGCCACUUCUGGAGCAGCCCAGAGGGAGGCUUCCUGGGGGGCUUCUCCUCCUGGGUGCUGGUCAUCGUGGUCAGCCAGGCUUUGAAUGGCUUGAUCAUGUCUGUAGUCAUGAAGCACAGCAGUAACAUCACCAGGCUCUUUGUGAUCUCCUGCUCCAUCCUGGUCAACGCCCUCCUGUCCGUCACCCUGUUUGACCUGCAGCUCACCCUCUUCUUCUUCAUCGCUGUCGCAAGUAUCGGCCUUGCUGUUCAUUUGUACUAUGGGGUCACAUAGCACCACCUUCCCGCCCUGCAUGCGGCACCAGGGUAGCCUUUAGUCAUUAUUUAGGGCUGUCAUUGCUGCACCGGGGCUGGCUUAAAUUGGAAGCAUAGUGCUACUUGGACUGUCAACCUCUGCCCUUGUGUGUGCAUGCAAGGAGGCAGGGCAGCUGAAUGUGAGUUGUCACUGAGCUGGAACAAAUGCAUACGAUGGCUUUAGUCAGUGUGUGCAAGACUAGCAAGGACCCCGGGAGAAGAUGUGCCCUGCCCCUGUUUCCAAAGGUCUGCAGCCAAAAAUGCUGGCUGGGCACCUUCCUUCUGUGCCUUGCUCUUUGCAGGAUGAAGUCCAAAUCCUCCCACUCCUGAAGCUGGGGAAGGUAGCCUUCAGUUCUGUAGAAUAUGGGCCAGGACCUCUCUGCCCCCAUUUCAGCAGUGUAACGUGUGUGCAAGGCCGCACUGGCCCCUGUGUCAGAGUGCCCCUGGCUGGGCCCUGCUCCAGCCUGGCCAGCUUCCUGCCCAGCCGGGCUCCAAGUGCCUUUGGGAAGAGGGAUUACUCCAUGUCCUGGGGUUCCUGUGCCAUCGGGUGGGCUGAGCCUCUGGAACGGAGCCUGGCACGUAGCGUACUGCAUCGUCCAACUGCUUGUGCCCAUUUUCUACGCACCAAAGAACGCACCCUCUCCUGUGCCGGCAAACGCUCCUGGCUCAGAGAUCCCCCUGCGGCGGUUAGCUCUGGUGUGCUGCAGGCUCACAUGUAUGUUUACUGAAUCCUGCUGCACAAUCUGCCAGGCCAACGUUGCUCUGGUGCCAUUUUUAUUCCUGUGACACUAUGGGACGGUGCUUUUUUGUGGCCGGGGGCCAUGUCCACCCACUGUGCCCAGCUGAUCCCCAGCGCUCAUCUCUGGGGGAGCCUGGCACUGAAGUCCUUGGGUACCCUGGGCUGGUCCAUGCUGCUUCUGAGCACUCAGAAACAUGAGGAAGAGGGUUUUCUGCCUCUAGUCUUUUAAAGGUACCAGUCCUCUGCACAGGACUGUGUGCUGCUCUCUGGAGAGCCUCAUGCCCCACCUCUUCCCGGCAUUUUUCCAGCCUGUCCCUCACCCCAGGUCCUGGCCAAAGAGCUUCUGUCCCUGGGGCCUGUUUGCCCUUCCUGGGUGCAGUGGGGCUACCUACCACCACUGCUCUGUGCUGAGCAGGUGGGGAAUAUGGGGACGUGGAGACUCUUUUGCCCGCUCCCCACAGGGGAGGUGGCACCUGGAUUUGCAUGAAUGCUGCUGCUGGUGAAUUCCUGGCAGGCAGAAGUUGGUGCUGGCUCUGCCAGGAUUAUUAAAGUUGCUGUUCAACAGCA